UUUCAAACUGAUCCAACAUGGCGCUGGCUUGCGGGGCGCAUGCGUGGCGCUCGGCGCCUGGGGCAGCUGGGGAAGAACGGCAGUAACCCAGCACGGAUUGGGGACCCAGUCAGGCAGCCCAGAAAAGGGGAGAUUAUGUGCAAACAGAUGUUAAGACCCACUAACAGCAUAUGCGAAAAUGUCUACGAGGCUGGGACAGAAUAUGAGAUAUCCCUGACCAUUACUCCACCGGAAUAUGUUAAUCCGAUGUUACAUCACAAGGUUCAGAGAUAUGGAGAUCUCCACAAGGAUUUGGAGAAGACUCCCAAUAACUAUUAAAAUUCUCGACUAGAUCUAUUAGGAAAGGUAGAUGGACUAUAAGGCAAUUGCCCAGGAAACUGCUCAAGAAAUUUUAAGAUACAAUCAAGAUACAUCAGGCUGGAAAGUGGUUAAGACUUCAAAAAAGAUAACUGUUUCCAGCAAGGCUUCUAAAAAAUUCCAUGGAAAUCUUUAUCGUGUUGAAGGAAUAAUUCCAGAAUCAACAAGUAAACUAUCGGAGUUCCUCUACAAACCUGAAAACAGAGUUACAUGGGAUAAAUCAUUGAAAGUGUACAAUAUGGUACACAGGAUUGAUUCGGAUACAUUCAUAUGUCAUACCAUUACACAAAGUUUUGCCAUGGGCUCAAUUUCCCCCCGAGACUUUAUCGACUUAGUACACCUCAAGCACUGCGAAGGGAAUAUGGAUGUUAUCAGUUGUUUCAUCUUCUUUUUUCUGAAUCACUUAGCUAACAGUGUGGAUUUUCCAGCAUACCCUCCGUCGUCAAAAUACAUCCGUGGUUAUAACCAUGCUUGUGGCUACGUAUGUUCUCCUCUGCAAGAGAACCCAGCACAUUCGAAACUAGUGAUGUUUAUCCAGACAGAAAUGAGAGGAAAACUGUCCCCAUCAGUAAUUGAAGCAACCGUGCCUUCCAACUUAAUAAGCUUCAUCCUCAAUGCAAAAAACGGAAUAAAGGCACACAGAAUUCCCUCAGGACAUGGAUUUCAUCAAAACGGUCAUUCAUCAUUCCUAAAGAAGAAAUGAAGCCAUAGAAAAACAUGUGUGGCAGUUACUGCCACUCACCUCCAAGUCAAUGCAUAUAAAUACUGUUAAACUAUUCUAGCCGGUAGCCUUGUGCAAAGUACUGAAGGCGAUUUGUGAAAAUAAGAACUCAUAGUCAUACAAGAGAACAGCACUCAACAUAGUUUUUAAUCUCCUAUAAGAAUGAUGUUAAUAACAACUGUGCUUUUGUUUUGUGCCCCCUGGAAAAUGCCCUGCAAAAGAAUUAGUAAGAAAACAUACAUAGUCAGAGGUCAGCAUUAAUUAAAAAUUAAAAUAUAUUUUAAA